GCUGUGUGAUUGACAGAUGAUCAGAUUAUAGGAACCGCGGUCACGCUGGACUUCUAUAAAUCAAGAAAACACUUGGAUGUUAUCCCAAACUGACAGGACAUUUGCAAACCUUUUUUCAAUUGAAGAACGUUGCGAGAGCUGACUGAUGCCUUCCCACCAUCCAUUCUGCUUUGGAUGAAGAGUGACCACACUCUCACCCCCUGACCACAGUCAAAAUGAUGACCUCUGCGGUUGCCGUGGGAAACCGGAGGAAGUCACUGACGCUGAAAGGGGUGGACCCGGAGACGUGUAUGAUCGUGUUCAAGAACCACUGGGCGCAGGUUGUAAAGAUCUUGGAGAAGCAUGAGCCGGGGCGUGGUGGCAUCAGUGCCCUCAGCUUCCUCACUGGUCACUCAGGCAGCAGUAGUGGCGGCUCUGCAGCUGCACGUCUGGGGCCCAUCCCAGCUGAUGAGGCCAGUGCGGUCCAGAACUAUGUGGAGCAUAUGCUGUUCUUGCUUAUGGAGGAAGAGGCUGGGCAAGGCGGGGCAAUGGGUCCGAUCCUGGAGUUUGUGGUCCUGGAAGGUGUGAUGGAGAGGCUAUUUUUGUGGAGUCUGAGGAGACAGUUCACUGAGGACAUGAAGCUGGAACAGCUCAGGAUGUACCAGAUGCUCCUAGCACAAGCCAGGCAGCCUCUGCUCCACCACAAACCAGUGCUAAAGCCACUCAUGAUGCUGUUGGCCUCCUGCUCUGGAGCUGGACAGGAGGCUGACAGUGCUGGCGUGGUGGAGGCGGAGCUUGUUCUUCUGUUGAACCAGCUGUGUGCUGCUUUGGUCAAAGAUCCCUCUGUACUGGAAUUGUUUUUUCACACCAGCGAGGACCAAGGAGCCGCCAACUUCCUGCUCUUCUCGCUGCUCAUCCCGUACACGCACAGACAGGGCUCAGUGGGUCAACAGGCCAGAGAGGCGUUGCUGCUCAUCAUGUCGCUGUCCGCCUCAGAGCCUCGGGUGGCUCAGCACAUCGCAGAUAACACCUACUUCUGUCCAGUGCUGGCCACAGGUCUCUCUGGUCUGUACUCCUCCCUCCCUGCCCGGCUGCAGGUCUACAGUGAAGACUGGCACUCCCUGGACGAACCGGACUGGCAACAGGUUCCAGCUCUCGUCCACUUCCUGCACUCUCUCAACUUCUGCAGUGCGGUUGCCAGUGUGGCUCAUCCCUCCAUCCGCUCCCAGCUGCUGAGCUAUAUCUACAAUGGCUUUCUGGUGCCGGUUCUGGCUCCGGCUCUUCACAAGCUGACAGUGGAGGAGGUGAUGACCACCACAGCUUACCUGGAUCUUUUCCUGCGCUCCAUCUCAGAGCCUGCUCUCCUUCAGACCUUCCUGUCCUUCAUCCUGCUGCACACUCAUGACAACGUGCACAUCCUGGACACACUUGUCAGCAGGGUCAACACCCCUUUCCAGCUUGGCACCGUGUCGCUGGCUUUGUUCAAGACACUGAUUGGUCUCUUCUGUGAGGACGUCAUGCUGCAGCUGGUGUUCAGAUAUUUAAUACCAUGCCAGCACCUGAGCUGGAAGCAGCACUCCUCCCUGAAGAACAAGGACUGCUACUCCUCCAUUGCUGCUUCUUUUCUCCUCCUCAUGCCAUCCUGGUGUCCUGGCCACCUUCCCAACUCAGGCACAGGCUCGGAGCUUAUCCACUGGCCCAAAGCGUCCGACCCACUGACGUCAGAGAGCGUCGGUUACUGUCGCGGCUCAGACUUUCUGAUGGACGCCAACUACCUCCACUACCUCCGGGAUGCUCGGCGAGCCAUUUCAACAUCACAGAGGGCAUGUUGUCACUGGUCAGCACCCUACGAUGGAAGUGACCCGCGGCCAGAGGAAUAUCGACCUGAAACACCAGGUGACGACUUCUAUGGAAUGGAACUGCGGGACAAGAGAAACUCCAUCUGUUCUUCCACAACACCCUCAUCUCUGGACGCUCUGUCAGUGGGCCCACAAGGAGGUCGAACCAGUUCUGCUCUGGAGCUGGAGUGGGACGACCUGUUUCCAGAGGAUGAUCCGUUUUCUUCAGGGCACCUUAACCAGACCCUCGCAAACUGGAACAUGAGAAUGACAAACACCGUUGCACCUGUUCCGCCUCAACACAUUCAAGAAAUGCGCCGCACCGCAACCAAGCUUGUUCACGGCUCUUACGUUGAGGAGUGUGAGUUUCAGGAUGAUGUCCGUGUCUACGAUCUGGUGGCUCAGAAGGACUCGAAAUCAGCUCUUCUGGAGAGAAUCAUGGCAGCCAAUCGCAGAGCUCGUGCAUACACACCACAUGGGCAGAGAGUGUCUGCAGCGAUGGCAGCCACGACAAUAACAGCAGCUCUAACAACAAUGGAGAAGGUCAAUGGAAUGGUGGCGACCAGAAGUGAGGAUAGUGGCAAUGAGGUGAGGCAACAUUUUCGAAGGAUAGAAGAUGAAGAGGAUGGUAGACACAAGAGUGAGAAUCUGUCGGUGAUGUCACAGCUGAUAUAUACAAAUGGUUUCAAUAUUAAAAGUGACAUCAUGGAGGAUUUGGAUGUCUUCAACGAAGAGGAGACCACAUCGGUGACGCUCAACUGCAGAGACUUUGUUGCCGUUGAUCAAAUGAACUCAAUAAACCAGAAACACAAAAACAAACCACGUUUACAAAACGGACAGGUAGAGGAGGACGACAACAGCUUCCUGACGCAGUACUACAAGCUCAUGCUUUCUCUGGGGGUGGAGCCUGAUGUCGACGAGGCCAUAUUUGACAUGGACACGUUCAGGAAUCGUGUUCAAGAACUGAGGCAUAGACUCGAGGAGGAGAGUGGGCAGAGCAGCGAUUUGGUUGUGAGCACAUGGUGGGUGGAGGAUAAAGAGGAGGAGGUCUUGGGGGAAGAAAGAAGGACAGAGGACGCAGGGGAGAGUGGCAGCAGACAGAAGCAUGGUGUUCCAUUCACAGGGCCGUUCAUCAGCGUUCUGCUGUCCAGACUGGAGAACCUCCUGGAAAACUCCAUCGCUGUGAACCUUCUUGUGACAGGCAUCUUGGCACAGCUUGCUUCGUAUCCUCAACCCCUACUCAGAUCCUUCCUCCUCAGCACGGAGACCCAUGGGCAAUCUAGCACACGCACGCUGUAUCAGGUGCUGGUGACGGUUCAUGCUCAGAUCGAGCGCUACGUCCAGGCUGUACCUGAUUAUUCAGCGCUGCUCACUCAAGCAUGGAGGUUUCUGUUGGCUAAAGAUGAGGACAGCAAGGUCAAAGAGAUACUCCACACACUUGGUGACGAUGCUGUAAAUGAUACGCCCCUGCUGAACGGCUCUAUGAAGAUUGCCUGUCCUCCAUCUUCCCUUGGUGUCCUGCCUCCGUGCCCGACCAUCCCACCUCAGAACAAGAGCCGGGUGUUUGCCAUUAUACUGUACGCAGAGUUCCUGAAGGAGCUGGCAGCUCUGGCCCAAGAGCACAGUGUAGCUUCGGACGGCGCUGCGGAGGAGUAGUGGAAGACUUUUGAAUUCACGACUACUGGCUCUAUGGCAGCCACUUUGAAACAAAGUGAUUCUUGUUUCAAAUCAAUAGCAGUUUCAUACAACUCUAAUGCAUUCUUGUGUUGUCCAGAUCUUUGCACAUGGUGGAUUCAGAUAAGACACUUGGACUUCAGUUUAGUCUAAAAUAUUUUAUGAUCAGAAACCAUGUGCAAAGGAAACAUUUUGUUAAGAUCCAAAAACCAGUUCAGUUGCCUUAUUGACUUCAUACAGUGCAUUUAGGAUGCAUUAGAUUCCUGAAGAUACUUGAAUAUUGCAUCUUCCACAUCAUCUAAAUCAUAUAUUUUCUGUUAGAGCCGUGGUAGAGGUCCGUCAUCAUUUCAUAUCUGAGGUGACGGUGACUCGCAGUGUGACAGAGAAAUAAGGUGGUCAAGCCGACGGUCGUAAAUAGGUUCAGGCUCAAGACCCUAGUGUUGCCAGGCUGAUGACAACUUCAGCUGAGAAGCAUCUUUGAAUAAAUAAAGUGACUGUAGUCAGUAAAAAACUCAAUGGUCCUCUUGGGUCAGUCUGAAUGCUAGUUAGUGCCAUGCUCUUGUUAUGAGAAAAUACGAACAUGUGCUCUCACCUUGUUAUCAAUCCUGCAGGCAUCUUAGCUCUUACAAGUUGAGCCACUACAUACUGAAUCUGAAAUGAGCAGCAAUACAUACAAUACAAUUUAUUGUACUUGUCACUGCAUUAUGUUACACAUGUCUAUAUGAGUAAAGCCAAGUGCCUCGCUAAAAUUGAACUUGAGAUUUGUGCAAUACUUAAGAUGUGACUGUGAAGUGUUAUGUAGCAUGGUCUUCUGUUUUGCCUGUUUUAAUGAAUUGUUUUUUAAUAUAUUCUUACAACAAGGUGAUUUAUUUUUCUCUUGCUUUUUUCAUUUUAUUGUAAAUUAAAUGACUAACUGAAAAGCCAAGUCAAUUCCUAAUUUCUGUAGCUCAAUAUUCAAAAUCAACUGUGGACAUAACCUGGAGCAG